AUGACCGACUUAAAAUUCCACUUCAGCUUCAAUAAAGAUGGAACCACAAAAUAUGUUCAGCUGCCGGCAGCUCACUGUAUUGCUGAAGUGGACCAUCAGAGCAACUCUAAGAACCACGUCCCAGACGACGGUCUCCAUUUUGGUGAUUUGAUAGCCACCCCUCAAUAUGAUCACCCCCAACGCCAGUAUUCUGGACAUCCUAUGCUGCUUUCCACCCACGAAGACACUAGUACUACUACGGCCUCAUAUGUGUCUCCCAAAAACCAACAUCGUGAUGCUGGGGAGUAUCACUCUGACAUGAAUGUUCCUCCUUCCAGUCUCAGUGCUGAGCCACAGCGCUAUGACCUCCCUAACUUUCCAAAUUGCUUCAUGCCUCUACCUGCCGUAUCGAAUCCUGCCCAAGUUGAAGGUCUUAUGUGUAGUGCUGUUGCCAUGUCCCCGCAUAUUCAGCAAUCUGAACAAGCUGACCUUCCUGGUUGUUCCACGGUUCAAGACAAAGACCUGUGUUCUGGCAGUACUGACCACUCUCUCCUGGGUGUCCAUCACAAGCAUGCUCCUACUUCCAGUAAACCUGCACCAACGACUGACGACUCACACGCCGCUGAUCGUGCUUCGACUGCAUCUCCAAGUCUUCAUGAAAAUUCUGAACAUGUACAUGCUACUUCUUCGGCGGUUUCUUCCGAGGCGAAUCAUGAUCCAGACCUGCAAAGCAUGCCCUCAGAUGCAAGCGUUACAAAUUCAUCCGAAAGAGAUCUAAGCCCCAAGGCCGAAUCAGGAUCGGUUUGGACUGGUAUCAAGGUAUCUGCCCAGGAUUCUGCCCAGGAUUCUAAAGCGCCAAAAGAAAAUCAUUUACGAGUUGGCAUCCACGGUGGAAAACCUUCAUCUACAAUCAUUUUUGUUCAGAAAAAGGUGAAUCACAAGGAUGCCUGGACUCGUUCCUUCAUUCUCAAAGCUGCGCUCAUGGUUGAUCACCCUCCGGACUUCGAAUUGCCUCGCGGCUCCGGCCUCCUACGUCCUAACGAUCUUUUCGUUUGUGUGGACCUGUCAUUAUGGCACGAAACAGAGGAUGUUUUGAGUGCAAACUCCAUCUCCUCUACCUCGAUAUCUUCUAGUGCCCUUUCCUCCAACUCCAGUACUGCAUCAUCGAGGAAUGAUCCAUUGCGUUGGUCUGAUCCAACCAUGUCGCAAUACCUGCGUAUAUGGUGCUGGGACGAUAAGCUCAAAGUGUGGCAACCGAUACAAUAUGGUUGUUCGCGCUGUAUUUCGAGCUAUGAUCUUGUCUUAAGCUUCUAUCGGAACACAUUCGAACCUUUGUGGGUCACACCUGAAUCACUGCGCAGAAAGGAUCAUCAUAGAUUGGAACCCUUGACUAAACCGAAGGCAAGAAGGAAAUCCAAGUUGGGUAAAUUGCGGUCGAAGUGA